AAAUAUGAAGGUAAAAUCACAUUAGGUGAUCACGAUAACGCCCGUUCGUGGACCCUGUGGAAGUCACGAGCGAGGCAGGACAACCAUGUGCAACACGGAGUCUUUAUUUAGGAAAAAGAGGGCUGGAAUGCCAGCAGAGGAGGUGCCGAGGCAAACUGACGAGCCGGUCAGCAAACUAUCAUGCCUCCGCUCCUCCGUGGCGCCGAUCACCACGCGGACUGGAGCUUGUCAACGUUUCCUCCUCCGAGCCUAGUGUGUCAGUUUUUGUUGACGUACCGCGUGUCUAAGUUCCGCGGUUUUCGCACGCUUGACACGAUGUGCUAAAACAUGUAGUGCACUUCACUGACGGGCGUAGAGUUUAAGUGCGAGAAUUUGAACGGGGCCUCAGAGAGAAGAAGUAGACGAAGAAGAAAAAGAGGAGGAGAAGAAGAAGAAGAGAAGAAAGAGACGAGAAGAAGAAGACGAGAAGAAGAAAACGCCGAGAAGAAGUAGACGAGAAGCAGACGAAAAAGAAAAAUACUGUAAUACGUUAAGCAGCAGCAGAAGUAAACGACGAUAUCGAAAACACCUCGUGAAAACAUGGGGCGGUCUGGUACCCGGCGGCGUUACCAAGAGGAUGUAAUCUCAGAUGAAGAAAUUGAUGGAAGGAGAAUGUUUAAUCUUGAGGAGAAGGUUUCCAGCCAGAGAUUCAACUCUGAUCGUAUAAUUCGAAUGCAAGGAAAAGAUUUAACAUACGAGUUCAUCCAAAGAGGUGGCCUGAGAGAUCCUAUCAUCUUUGAGAAAAUUGAUGGCCUCGGACUCAAAAUGCCUGAUCCAAGCUUCAGUGUGAGUGAUGUCAAGAUGUUUGUUGGAAGCAGACGUAUGAUCGAUGUCAUGGAUGUAAGCACUCAGAAGGGGACAGAGAUGUCCAUGGCCCAGUGGACACGGUACUAUGAGAGUCCUUCGUCUCAGCGAGACAGGCUCUUCAAUGUCAUCAGCCUGGAGUUUAGCCACACAAAGCUGGAAAACCUGGUCAAGAGACCUUCUACACUUGAUCUUAUAGACUGGGUUGACAACAUGUGGCCCCGUCAUCUGAAAGAGAGGCAGAAGGACUCAACCAACUCAAUCUGUGACAUGCAGUAUCCCAAAGUGCAAAAGUACUGUCUGAUGAGUGUGGAGGGAUGCUACACAGACUUUCACAUAGACUUUGGAGGAACAUCUGUGUGGUACCAUGUUCUAAGAGGGAGUAAGGUAUUCUGGUUGAUCCCUCCCACCACUCAAAAUUUAGAGCUAUAUGAACACUGGGUGCUGUCAGGAAAACAAGGUGAUAUUUUUCUUGGGGAUCGUGCAUCUGACUGCCAGAGGAUUGAACUUCGACAAGGGUGCACCUUUAUUAUACCAUCAGGUUGGAUUCAUGCAGUCUACACCCCAAUAGAUUCUAUUGUCUUUGGUGGAAACUUCCUUCACAGCUUUAACAUUCCAAUGCAACUUAACAUCUGCAAUAUAGAAGACCGCACACGGGUUCCAGUGAAGUUUCGUCACCCAUUUUUUUAUGAGAUGUGCUGGUAUGUGUUGGAGCGCUAUAUCUUCAGUCUGACCAAGACCUCUUACCUUACACCAGAGUUCCAGAAAUUGUCUCUGGACAUUGAUCUGGCAUAUGAACAUAUGGCGGAAGAAGAUAAGAGUUUCAGUGAAAAUGAAGAUGUUUUGGAGCAGCUGUCUGACACAGCAGCAGUUAAAGUUAAUUUGACCCCAUUGGAGCUUGAAGGGCUUUGGAACUUGGUCGGCAAACUCGAGUCACUGCCAUCCAACAAGAAGUGUGUCCCACCGGGCAUACAGAAUUCCCUGGCACUCAUCGCACACAUGAAGACACUACUAAAGGAGCAUGCUAAUGAUGAUUCAAAAAAAUCCUUCACUGGAAAACCUAUUGUCAAGUGGCCAAAAAGGCCCUCGAACUAUCAGCCACUUCAACCACUACCUCCUAUUUAUCCUAAACUGGCUGUCGCUCCUGUUAUGCCACGACCACAGAAGCCUGCUUCUUCUAUGUCCGUUCUGAGAAGGCGCAGGGUCAGGUGUAAGCGCUGUGAGGCAUGUAUGAGAGCUGAAUGUGGAGAUUGCAAUUUCUGCCGAGACAUGAAGAAGUUUGGAGGACCUGGAAAGCUUAAGCAAACCUGUGUGCUGCGCCAGUGUCUUUCGCCAGGACUACCACUGUCUGCUGUUUGUGAAAUAUGCAAGGAGCCUAACCAAGAUGAAACUGGAGAUCGGCUCUUUACUCUGAUGGAAUGUUCGAAUUGUGCACAGAUAAUCCACCCUGCUUGCCUCACGGUACAGAAUAUUCGGGGUGAAGGAAUUAUCAACAGAGACCUUCCAAGCUGUUGGGAAUGUCCGAAAUGUGUUCAAGGGAUCACUGACUCAGAGCGCAAAUGUUCUUCUCUGCUGGAUGCCCGCAUGGCGAAGAUAUUACGACAGCAGAGACACUGUCAUGAUGGCGAUGACUCCAGCGAUGAUGACGAGGAUGAAGCUACACCGAGAAAAAAGUUAAGGAUACAGCCAGAAGGAUGUCACUCCUCCGGGAGGGGAUUGCGUACCAAUAGGAGAGGACUGUUCAAAGGAGGAUCGACCCACAGAGGAAGCAGAGAUGCCCCUGUGAAUUCUAGUACUUUUUCCAUCCUCAAGAUCAAGGCUGGGAGGAGGAAAGGGAUGAGAUUUAGGGGUGGUUCAAGGAUGCAGCAAAGAGGUGGUUCUAGUGAGGAAUCUGAUGGCGAUGAAGAGGAAGGGGAUGACAGUGGGCAGGGAGACCAAGAUCAGCGUCCUCAUAGGUGUAAGCGAUUCAGAAUUGAUAAUGAGGAAGAUGAGGACAGUGAGAAACAGGAAUUUUACCCAGAGGAUGAGGACAUGGGCCUAGAAGAAGAAGAAGAAGGACCCUGGGAUUCUGACCCAGAACCACCAGUGCUCCUGAUGUCUGAUCUGAAUGAUGACAUACUUUGUGGCUCCUACCUGACUGUGACUCUACAAUGUCCAGACAUUACCAAUAAAAAAUCUGGUUCUGUAGCUCCAGUAAUGGAAGCUGCCAUGGAGAUUAGGUCACCUCCAGUAAAUGCAUGUGGUCAAGCAUGCAUCAACCGAAAGACCACUUUUCCCAAAGCUUUAAGGCUCAAGAGCAAUGACAAGGCACGGGAUGGCCAAAUUUUAGGACCAGGAAGGCCAAGUCAUCAUGGCAACCAGGGCUCUGUAGAUCAGUUGGCAUCUUCAGAGGAAGGGAAACCCUCCACUUCUGUCUCUGCUGCAGUGUCAACUCCAUCCUUGCUGUCCCUAUCAUCUUUUCAGGAUGUGGAUGAGAGUGGAGGAAAGAAGGAAGUUUGGGUCUCUGUUUUCAGAUACCUUAACAAAGCUGAGUUGCUCAAAUGCAUGAGCGUCUGCAAGGCCUGGUAUAAGUGGAGCUUUGAUAAGCACCUAUGGAGCCAUCUGGAUCUGAGCCGAUUCAACCCCCUUAGUAACCAGGCCUUGGCAGGUAUCAUAAAACAUCAGCCCACCUCUUUGGACCUCUCAUGGACACCCUUGGCCAAAAGACAGCUCAACUGUCUUCUAACCAGGCUUCCAGGUCUUCGAGAGUUAAGGCUUGCUGGCUUGUCCUGGCCAUGCCUGUCAGCAUUGGUCUCCUCAACUCUUCCCUCUCUUCGACUACUGGAUCUGCGUUGGUGUGAAGGCAUUAAAGAUACCCAAUUUCAAGAGCUCCUCUCCUAUCAUGGUUCGGAGUCAUCUCGUUGCAGACUAAGGAACAUAGUAGCACUGCACCUGUCUGGUCUGGAUAUCAAUGAGUCCACUUUGAGACUAAUUCAACAACAUAUGCCACGAUUGGAGAAGCUGGAUCUGGCUCACUGCAAGAAGAUUACGGAUUCUUCAAUAGCUUUGCUGGCAACAGGAGGCACACACACACGGACCAACCUCAAUGAACUCAUUUUAUCAGGUUGUCAUCAGCUGAGUGAUGGAUGCAUGUCCUACCUGAAGCGGAUCUCCUCUUUGACUCUUCUGGACUUAAGAGGCUGUAAGAACAUCAGUAUGCAAGCCUGCAACGCCUUUAUCGCUGACCUGUCACACAUCGCUGUGUACUGUAUGAUUGAGGAGAAAGUCAUUCAAUGUCUAAACUAAGCGGUUGUUGUUGUAUGCCCAAAAUAAACAAGUUUUGUUGACCAGCUA